AUUAUUCAUUCUCUCUUUAUCCUUCCAACUUUACACCUAAUACUAAAUCAAAACACAAUCCUCUCCAUCCCCUCUAAGGUCUCUUUCCAUCCUACUCUCGUUCGCCACAUCCCUUUCAAGCUCUCCAUCCUACUCUUCUCCUUCCUAAUAAACAAAAGCUUAUACUUCCUUUCUACCAAACAAAGUCUUAUACUUGUCUAGUGAUGGACGGUUCAGAUUAAACAAAAACCUAAUUGAGCUCUGGUGUUGUUCUCCAAAAACAAAAGUCAACAAAGGGCAGCAGCCUAGCAAGUCCAGGAGUCUGUCUGGGCAACAAACCUGCGCCUUCCCCACGCUUUUUUCUUCUUAUUAUUUUCCCAAAUCCAAACACGCCCUCUGACCAGCUCUCUACUCUUCUCUUUCGUUUCGGUGCGCUACUGCCUUCUUCUUCAAGAAAACAAACUCAUUCUCCCUCUCAUAUAUAUUGAUAUUCUAGUCAAAAUUAACAACGACAAGUACCAUUUUGACCUUUCGAUUUUGAAGAAACUUUUUGGUUCUCUUUCCUCCAAAAUCACAAAUUCCCAUUCCCAGAUCCAUUUUUUUUUAUUACAAGAGGCAUGGUACUCCCGCUUGUGAAGCUCGGAACUUUGAUCUUGAAGACUGUGAGUAAACCCAUCGCUAGCAAAAUCAAGCAGCAAGCUGGUCUGCAUCCAAGGUUUCGUCAGUCAAUCAUCAAUAUGGCUCAGAAAAACCAUCAAAUCACCACACAAAUGCAAAGGCGUAUCUAUGGUCAUGCAACUGAUGUUGAAAUUCGUCCACUGAAUGAGGAAAAGGCUGUACAGGCUGCUGUAGACCUUAUAGGGGAACUCUUUGUUUUCACGGUAGCAGGAAUUGCUCUCAUCUUUGAAGUGCAAAGAAGUGCUAGAUCAGAAGCCAGGAAGGAGGAAAUAAGGAAGCAAGAAUUGGAGGCAAUGAAGCAAAGAGAUGAUGAUUUGUUAAGAGAAGUGGAAAGUCUUAAGCGCAAACUUGAAGAACUCGAACAACUUUCGAAAGGACGAGGACUCAGUGGUGUUUUCAAUUUCAAGCAUGCUACUGCCGAAGCUGGAAACCCUACAAAAACAGCCUGAUACACUGACAACAUUCACAAAGAAAAUUAGAUAUAAUUGUUACAAAGUUUUGUUUCAAUUUUAAAACUUCUUCCAAGCGAGGGAAUUUUUACCUACCAUUCUUUUGACCAGAGGGCUCCCUGGGUUACUUAUUGCUUUAUUUCACAUGUAAAUGUAUAUUGUCAAGAUUGUAGCUCCCUUUUGAUAGAUGGAAAAUAAAAAAGGAAGAAAGCAAUGCAGUUAAUUAGGAUUUUUUUCUUCUUGAAUUUUCACAUGUAUAUCAAAUAGUGUUCUUUAAACUUUUUAUGCCAUUAAAAAGCUCUUCUAAACUA